AUGUGUCGAUCACAACGGAGUCAUUUCUUCGUGUCUUCACCACAGGAAGGAAGCGGACAGCAACGCAGCCUUUCCGUGUUUGCGACGGAAUCCCCGGAGUGGCAAGGCCAUGUGUCUGACAGUUUCGGGGCAACAACAGUGUCAACAAGCGACGCCAUUGGGUCGCCGGUGACUGUUCGGGUCACUGGUUGGACUGCUUCAAACGGUGAAUCUACAAUCGUCGACGCCUACCAGGCAGCACAUGAAGAGACCGCCGACACCCCAGGGGACGCAACAUCAACUGUCCGGGCGUACGCCUCCUUGCUGGUGGACCAGUUCGAGGAUGCGUCUCUGUACCUCCCAGAGGAAAUUGCAAUGUACCAGGGCUUGAUGGCGACCAUGGUUCAAGACGCAGCGGAUGACUUCGAGGUGUUGGAGUACUCUACAACGACCGCGGGGGCCCUACUAGAUACGAUGGUGCUGGUGUCCGGGAGUGAAAACCUACGAACAUCGGAUUCGCAGGAGGCGAUUCUGUCGUUGUCCACGGGUGUAUUAGAGCGUGCGGUAGAAGAGGACUCCUGGGAUUCGGACUCCUUCAGCCCCACCCUGGAAGUACUUGAUAACGUCAUCGGCGGAUACAAUUUAUCUUCAGCUGGAGUUGUGGGACGAGAGGAGCUCGGCGAUGUUGCCGCUGAAAUAUUGCCGGAAACGGUGAGAUCGAUGGCGCUAUUGAUGACAUCAAGCCUGGAAGACGGAGAAGACGCGGCACUCAUUGGGAACAGUUUCAUUGAUGUGUUGGGCCUUGUCACCUCGAAGACCUCGGCCAUGGACUUCGACGCUGGCGAGGAUAUUACCCUCUCAGCACCAGUUCGAAUGACGAUGAGGGCUUCAAUGGCGACGACGUCGUCCAAGAGCCCAUCCUGCGCGUACUACAACGAGCUUACCGGGCUUUGGGAUGAGGAUGGGCUAGUUACCGAGGCCGCCAUAACGCCAAUAGACGAAAGCAACGCGGGUGGACUAACGGAUUUGAACGUCACCUGUUGGUCGUUUCACUUGUCGGACUUCACAAUAUCCGCGGACGAAGUGGGCUCGGGUUUUCAGCAUGUGGACUUGACUGCGGGGAUAGCCGUCGUUCUGGAGGUGCGGGACAUCUCCAAGAUGGGUGUCCUCUUACUGCUUUUUGUCCUACUCCUGCUAGUGGUCCUCCGAACCAUCUCAAGAAUGGCUGAUGUCAAGACUAACCUCAGCAAGGAGUUGGAAGGGAAGACCGACGAGGUCUACCUAGCCACCGGGAAGUCUCGGAAUCGCCCUACCUUGGGAGCGUUGGUCCAAGCGAACCCGACGCCUGACACGCACCACCGCCACGCGAGAAAGCGGUUGGAAAGACGCGUCAAGACGACAUUUCGGCAGCACAUGAUGAAAAGGUACCGUGGGCAAAUCGUGAGGAAUCGUCUCAUACUCGUCCAUAUGCUGGUAGAGGCGAGUAUUGUCGCAAACUCGACGAGCUACAAAAUACGAGCUGUUCAUAUUGUUGUCAGCCUGGCUGUUUCGAUGCCGGCUUCCAUCCUAUUUCCCAAGCUGUUCGCGGCUGCAGCUGCCCCCCCGCCGUCGAUCACGGUGACAAUGCUCCAUGCGUGGGAAAAGAUUGUCCCACCCACUAGCCAAGGAAGUACAACCGCUCAAGACAUGACCUAUGCCAAGGCCAACUCCCAAUCAAGGUGGCUGCGGGAGCCGAACACGGUGGUGGCGGUUUUUCGUCUGAUUUCCUCAGCGGUGUUGAAGAGCACGUCGCGAGUGUCGUCCUCAUUCCGAGAGGAUCGACGGUACUCCUCGGGUGGGGCUGUUGAUCGCGGGACGAACCUGGUGUGGUCCGGCCUCUGGCAAAUGUUGCUCGAUUUGGUGUGCGUCGCGCUAUCGGCAACGAUUGGAAUCGAAGACCAGCUUGAGAAAGCUCUGAUUUCCACUACCGCAGCGGGCCUGCUUUUGGGGCUCCUCUUCCUUGAUGCUGUUCUCUCCACAAGGGCGUCGACCUUCAGCAUAUUGAACUUUAAGGUGCUCUUCUCAAUCGUGUUCGCGAGGAUAGUGGUUACCGCGCUGCAGGUCGUCCUGGCAUUCCACGGAAUGCGAAACGCGGCAUCGUCCACCGCGUUGUACGGAACGUUGUUCGCCCUCUCCAUCGCCAUGAUAUUUGGAAGCCACAAGAAUGAACUGAUGCCCUGUAUGGAUGCGGUGAAUCAAAGAUACAUGUCCCAGAUAUCAAUGGCCAAAAUGUACCGACCGCCGCCCAAGGUGGACCACAGCCACCAGCACGUCAGCUCCUGGACCAUCGACCUUUGCAUUUUGCGCAACACGGCUGCGGUAAAGAUUCAGACCCUGGUGCGAAUGUACCAAGCCCGUCAGAGAGCUGUCCGGCGCCAAGAAGUGGUCGCAUGGCAGAGUCCUCACGUCAGAAGCAUGCGAAAGCGACUGACGUUUCGUGCCUACACAUGCCUCAUCGUUUUCACCGCGUCGGUGGCAUGGAUCAACCUCUGCUACGUGGCUUUGUACGAUGGUCCUGCAAUACGGAACUGGAUUGCAGCGACCGGAAUUGCUGUUUUGGUCGACAUUGUGCUCAGGAAGCCCCUGUCAGUGCUGGUGGUGGCCACAGUCAAUACCAUUCGUGAUAGUGCUCGUGUCCCGGGAACGGUGUAUAUUGGCAAGGGCCCAUUUCAGAGACCGAUUGGGAAGUUUUAGCUCAUACAAUUAGUUGGUGAUUGAUGUCAGUGCCUUCUUUCCUCUUCAAGACUUAUCUGCACAUGCAUGUAGGGUGUUGGGGUGGAGGAUAUUCGCAAAGUGGUACGAAAACCGGCGGGAGAAAUCAUUUUUGCAAGGAAGCAUAGUCUACAAUCACGGAAGCGCUACCAAUGUACUAAUUACCAGGGGCUCGUGGGGCGUGCUACAACAGAAGACAAAGGUAUCUGAGGAUAGUAUGAUCGGGGGAUGACUGGGGAUGAUUUUUCGUCGAUGCCCUUGUCGUCCAGUCCGUUGGAGGACGAUACAAUGUAUGCCGGUGAAGAGCAUGCUCUCGGAACAAGAGUGGUGAGAGACGAAUGCAGUGGGGAUGAAAAAUCCCGGAGUACGCAAUACAUUCCGGGUACCCCCAUAUAAACAGUAUUGCAUUUCGAACCGUUUCAAUAAACCUCGGUUUGCUUUGUCUACACCUUUGUCUAGUCUACGCCUUAAACCAGACUGUCCUC